AGAGCCGUUCGUUCGCGAAUAAUCCAUCACUAGGAAGAAGAAAAUUAAUAUGGCAGCAGGUAGCUCCUGCACAAUAGUGGAAUAUUUCGGGGGAGAUGACGGCUACCGCUGUGGUUAUUGUAAAAAUGAGAAGGGGAACUUCUCUCAUGGGAUGUGGUCCCACGCCAUGACAGUACAAGACUACCAGGAUCUCAUAGACAGAGGAUGGAGACGAAGCGGGAAGUAUGUUUACAAGCCCAUCAUGAACAAGACCUGCUGUCCACAGUACACCAUCAGGUGUCACGCCUUGAACUUUCAGCCAUCUAAAACCCACAAGAAGAUCCUGAAGAAGAUGAGCAAGUUUCUGUCUAAAGGGGAGAUGCCAACGGAACAGGGCGAUGGGGAGCCCAUGGACUCGCUGUGUGAGGAGGGAGGACUGCACGGCCCUGCUAAAGUCUGUCACCCUGAGGUGGCGAGUCCUGUGGUCACAGCCAUUCUGACUGAGGAGGGAGACACCACCCCAGUCGAGUUUGAAACCGCUAGAAAAGACCCAGUGUCUGUUCCAGACGGGAGAGGACCAGAAUCAACCCCCAAACCGGGGGUAGGAGCGGACCCCGGUAGGCCGUUGUGUAGGAAAGCCAAAGAACUGAGGAAGGCGCGCCGGCUGCAGAAGGAGCAGAAGAGACAGGUGGGGGGUGGAGUCCCGGCCUCUGUGACCUCUAACCCCGCCACGCCCGUCCAGCUCAACCAACCCAAAGCCCUGGAGGAGUUCAUCAACGAAUCUCUGCCCGAUAGUCCUCUGCACCACCUCGAGGUGAGGCUAGUGCCCGUCAAUGAUGAUGAUCCUCAGUUCAUGGCGACCUAUGAGCAGUCGGCAGCGCUGUACGCACGCUACCAGAUGGCCGUUCACGGCGACACCCCUUCCGAGUGUAACGAGAGUGAGUUCAGGAGAUUUCUCUGUGACUCACCACUUGAGAUGGAGAUGUCUCCAGAUGGUCCAGCGGCGGGCUACGGUUCCUUCCACCAACAGUACUGGCUGGACGGCCGCAUCGUGGCAGUGGGAGUAGUGGACGUCCUGCCCACCUGCGUGUCCUCUGUCUACCUGUACUACCACCCCGACUUCGCCUCUCUGUCGCUGGGCUCCUACUCUGCACUCAGGGAGGUUGCCUUCACCAGGCAGCUGCAGAAACAGUCCCCCAAGCUAUGCUUCUACUACCUGGGCUUCUACAUCCACUCCUGCAACAAGAUGCGAUACAAGGGGCAGUACCAGCCUUCAGACCUCCUGUGCCCAGAGACAUAUGUCUUUGUGCCCAUAGAACGCUGCAUCCCCAGCCUGGAGCAGACCCACUACGCACGCUUCAACCAGGACCCCGACGCAGGUGAUACACACGUACUGAAGGACCUGGGUCGUGCUCUGGUGCUGUACAGACGGACGGUCAUGCCCUACGCCGCCUACGCCCGCAAACGCAAGGGCUCCAACGACGAGAUGGAGGUGGCGCAGUACGCUGGCCUGGUGGGCCAGGUCUGCGCUGAGAGGAUCCUGCUAUACCGGGCGUAACCCACUGGGGGCGCCACCCUGCACCUUGAUCCGCUCAUGUGUCUCUGUCUAUCCCGCUGUCUUUGGAACAUUCAUUUCAGUGUCGUUUUGAUUUCAUAAUGUUUGACUUUCACCCCACGGAAAGCAGCAGUAGCCAUCACCUUCACCCGAACCCAGCACAAGGCAUGGUUCUCCUCUGUACUGAUAUGGGAUCAGACUAUUCACUGAUCUAGAAUCAGUGACGUUGAGGAGAAUCUGAAAGUUGCUGCUUCACUCUGAGGAUUGGGCUCAUACACGCCACACCCACAAACCACACUGAAGUUAACAUGAUCUGGUUGUGUGUGUGUACUGUAUGCUUGUUUGUCUGUCACUGAUAUUUAUAGCUUUAUUUGCUCUUUUAUUAUUGAUACUAUUAUUUUGUUUCAAACGAAUAAAGGGAUGAAAUAUCCAAUUACUUAUU